CCGGAAGCAGCUUCCGGAAGCGGAAGCCACAGGAGGGUUGGGAGGCUGUUGCUCGUUGUUUUUUUUUGUUGCGAAGCUGGGACCCGGGAGGCUCGGGGUGGGGGGAGGGGAGCAAUGCCUCGGUACUGCGCUGCUACCUGUUGCCGGAACCGAGCGGGGCAGAGCGCCCGGGACCAGCGGAAGCUCAGCUUCUACCCCAGAUUUCCUCUUCAUGAUAAAGAAAGGUUAGAGAAAUGGUUACGGAAUAUGAAACGCGACACUUGGACUCCCAGCAAGCACCAGGUUCUCUGCAGUGACCAUUUUACGCCAGAUUCUCUUGAUGUACGAUGGGGUAUUCGAUAUUUGAAAACGACAGCAGUGCCAACUAUUUUUUCAUCAUCUGUUAAUCAGGAAAGAGGAUUUUCCCAGAAAAGAAAACAAGAAAAAAUAGAUGUCAAACAAAGGGAUAUGAGUGUAGCAACUGCAUCUCUUAAACUUGCUUCACCAAAGAAAAAUAUCAUUGAAGAAAGCCUAUAUAGAAAAGCACUUUGUACAACUUUAAGCAAGUCUCCAGAAAAGAAAGGACUGCUUAAGAACACAGUAAAAGUUGAAGAUGAUGUUUCCUGUCUAAUUAAGUCUGUUACACAGAAUAUGGCGCAAACCAGCUCAGUCUUAAUGCCAGCUGAUGUGCAGAAUUCAACAGCCCACAAUUACAGCUCCCCAGAAAAUUGUAGUUUUAAUAACUCUAUAGAUAACAUUUUCAGUAGCACAACCACAAUUUUGCAAACUUCAGUUCAUGAUCUUCAUUCAUGUCUUGAGCGCAUUUCAGAAUCCAAAGUCACAGUUCCACAGAAACAUCUUGAACACUUGGGUUCAUCUCCAGAAUUAAACAAUAUCACUGUACCAAUUAAUGACUUUCCAUCUGAUCAACUGGACUUUCCCAUUGCAAGCUGUUCAGUGGAAUUGCAAGAAACUGAUGAAAACACUGUGUUGCUCCACACUGUUUCACAAGCUUUAGAACAGCUGAAUGGUAAUAAAGAUUCUGUUAUCACCAUUAUAGUUCCUUCUGAGGGUUCAAGAACUCCCUUGCUGUUAGAGGGUUCAUUUCUACCAGCAGAACAGGAAUUAAUAAACAUAGGAACUGAAACAUCUGCAUGUAUUGCCAGUUACAGUGGAAUUGAUGUUCUGCAGACUGAGCAUUCAUAUUGCAGGCAAGACUCUGACAAGGAACAACUCUGGCAGAAAAUCACAAAGCUGCACUCCAAAAUAGCACUUUUAGAAAUCCAGGAGAGAAAAACCUUAAACAGGCUCAAAUCCUUAGAAGCGCUUAUCGCCAAACUGAAGCAGGAAAAUCUGCUCUCUGAAGAAAAACUCAAGAUUGUAGAAAACUGUUUCACAACAUUUGAAGUUACUAUGAUACAAUAAAGGUUUUGCACUGAUUGUUACAACUGA